AUGUCGGACCAAGAAAUUGACAUCCUGCGGAGCACCUUCCCCUCCUACAUGGCCGAGGGCGAGCGGCUCUACCUCUGCGGGGAGUUCUCCAAAGCUGCCACCAGCUUCAGCAACGCUCUUCACCUUCAGAAUGGAGACAAGAACUGCCUGGUUGCACGCUCCAAGUGCUUCCUGAAGAUGGGAGAGUUAGAGAAGUCCCUGAAGGAUGCUGAGGACUCACUCCAGGGUGACCCCACUUUCUGCAAGGGCAUUUUGCAAAAGGCAGAGACCCUGUACACCAUGGGAGACUUUGAGUUUGCCUUGGUGUUCUAUCAUCGAGGCUAUAAGCUGCGGCCUGAUCGAGAGUUCAAGGUCGGAAUUCAGAAAGCCCAGGAAGCCAUCAACAACUCGGUGGGAACUCCUUCUUCAAUUAAACUGGAGAACAAAGGAGACCUAGCCUUCCUAAGCAAGCAGGCUGAGAACAUGAAAGCCCUGCAGAAGCCGCAUCCCCUGAAACAGACCUCCUACUACCACAAGGCCGAGUCCAAGCGGAGGGGCUCGGUCAAGAGCGAGAAGACCGUCCGCCAGCUCCUAGGCGAGCUCUAUGUGGACAAGGAGUACCUGGAGAAGCUCCUGCUGGACGAAGACCUGAUCAAAGGCACCAUCAAGCACGGCCUGACCGUGGAGGACCUCAUCAUGAACGGCAUCAACUACCUGGACUCCCGCAGCAACUUCUGGAGGCAGCAGAAGCCCAUCUACGCCCGGGAGCGCGACCGGAAGCUGAUGCAGGAGCAGUGGCUGCGCAACCACAAACGCCGCCCCUCGCAGACGGCCCGCUACAUCCUCAAGAGCCUGGAGGACAUUGACAUGCUGCUGACCAGCGGCAGCGCCGAAGGGAGCCUGCAGAAGGCCGAGAAGGUGCUGAAGAAGGUGCUGGAGUGGAACAAAGAGGAGGUGCCCAACAAGGAUGAACUGGUCGGGAACCUGUACAGCUGCAUGGGGAACGCCCAGAUUGAGCUGGGCCAGAUGGUCGCCGCCCUGCAGAGCCACCGGAAGGACCUGGAGAUCGCCAAGGAAUAUGACCUUCCUGACGCCAAGUCCAGAGCCCUCGACAACAUCGGCAGGGUUUUUGCCAGAGUGGGGAAAUUCCAGCAAGCCAUCGACACGUGGGAGGAGAAGAUCCCUCUGGCGAAAACCACUCUGGAGAAGACCUGGCUGUUCCAUGAGAUCGGCCGCUGCUACCUGGAGCUGGACAAGCCCUUGGAGGCCCAGAGCUACGGCGAGAAGUCCCAGCAGUGCGCCGAGGAGGAAGGGGACAUCGAGUGGCAGCUGAACGCCAGCGUGCUGGUGGCACAGGCACAAGUGAAGCUGAGGAACUUCGAGUCGGCCGUGAACAACUUCGAGAAGGCGCUGGAGAAAGCGAAGCUGGUGCACAACAACGAGGCGCAGCACGCCAUCCUCAGCGCGUUGGAUGACGCCAACAAGGGCAUCGUCGAUGAGCUGAAGAAGACGAACUACAGGGAUAUAUUCAAAAAGAAAGAGAAAGAAGAGGCUGCUGCCAUGGACAAAGCAAGAGCAGUGGUGAGGGGGAAGGAAAGACUGAGGAGGAGAGAGGACCCCGAGAAGGUGAUGAAGCAGUGGGAGAGGGACCGCGAUGAGGCGGAGAGGGAGACCACGGACGAGGACGAGCUGUCUGACGGAGACGGUCGGACCGUCACGGAGAUCGGACAGGAGGUGAACGGGAAGAGAGGAGUGGAAAUAAAAAUCUCCUCCACAAGAGACCUGGGAGCCAUAGGGAAGGAUAUGAGAGAUGCCGUGAAGAAGCAGUCCAGAGAACCAGGCGGAAGUUCGGAAGGAGCAGGUGAGGAAGCGGGUGAGGAAGUGGGUGAGGAACUGGGCAAACGGGAAUUGAGAGAAAUCUACAGGCGGCCUUCCGAUCUGGACCAGAACCCCACAGAAGAAUUAGUAAAAGCCGGGUCCGAAGAGGAAGAGGAGAGUCUCUCAGAAGCCGAAAGAAGAGGGUCGGAAGGAACGGGGGAAGUAGACCUGGGCGAGACGGAGACGGAAAGUACUGAAGUAAAGGAAAAAGAUGAAAAGGAAGAUGAUUGA